AUGGCCGAAGCACCUGAAACUAAGUCCCCCGCAAUCUACUCUCCGAGAUGGGUAGCCGAUUGCUCCACUUGCAAAGCCAUUUGGCACCAGUUUGCAGACCCUGGUACUGCACCCCCGGUCAACCUUGGGACUUAUGAGAAAGCGCUUUCAACUACUUGUCCAAACCACCGACCACUCGUUCAAAAUUUUGUCGAUUUCCUCAACUCUGAGGAAGCUUUGACGGAAGACGAUGAGAUGGGAUUUAAUCAAACACCUAAAGGCUGUAGCGCAGCUCUUAAUCAAUCCUUGUCUGGAGGAGGCUAUGUUCUAUAUUUACUAUUGGUGAAAAAAGACAACGUUGACAACCAUCCAGGCAAUGGACGAUUGCUAAACCCGGACUUUGCCGAUCUCGAAACUGUCAAGAAAUGGAAGCACAGAUGCGUUUCUGCUCAUGGACCCAAAUGCGACAAUCCUCUCAAAGUGUGGCCUGUACGACCUGCGUGGUUAAUUGAUGUCAAGAAUCAAUGCAUUGUACCUGGUCAUACCACUGACAAGUAUGUUGCAAUCAGUUACACCUACGGCAAGUAUACUCGACCGAGCAUCACUUCAAGUGACUUCACAAGGCUACAAGAGCCAUUUGCCUUGACAGCCCCGGAAUUUGCAAACCUUCUCUCACCGAUGAUUCGCCAUGCGGUGCGUAUGACCACCAUACUUGAGGAGCGGUUUCUGUGGGCUGAUUCACUCUGCAUCACUCAUCAUGACCCAAAGACUGCUUCGGAGCAACUCGGGUUAAUGGGAGCCAUCUAUGCUAACGCAAUUAUAACUAUUAUCGCUGCAGAUGGCGACUCCGAUUCUGGCUUAUCUGGGUUGCAUGACAUAUCUGGCCCUCGGGAGGCGAGUCAAGACAUUAUUCCGUUCGGAGAUGAGACAAUCGUUGUUAGAAACACUUUCAAUCUGAAUGAGAUGAUUUACUAUUCUUCUCAGCCUCAAGCCUAUUAUCAAAGAGGAUGGACGUUUCAAGAAUAUGCUCUAUCGAAGAGAAAGAUCAUAUUUUGCAACGAUGAGCUGCAUUGGAUUUGUGCGUGUAGUGUUUGGCACGAGGAGCUGACUCUAUAUACCGAGAUCAGUGACGAACUCUGGUCUUGGUCUGAUGCGGUGAUGGCCGGCUUCCCAUAUGAAUUUGCUAUCAGUAGAUACCUGACGACGUAUAAUCAGAGGUUGUUGACAUUCGAGGAAGACGCCCUGCCAGCUGUCUCUGGUUUACUAUCGAUAUUCAGUCGAUCAUUCGAAGGGGGGUUUCUCUAUGGGAUUCCGGAAAUGUUCUUUGAGGAUAGCCUAGGCUGGCGAGUUUGGGUCAACAACCUCCAACGUCGCAAGUCAUCGGGGAGGCCCGCUGAGGACCAGUUUACAUCGUCUGGGCUUCCAUCGUGGUCUUGGCUAGGCUGGAAAGGUGCUGUGAUUCUGCGACGCCAAAGCGCAAUGGAAGUCACACUCGCGGACACUAUUCAAGAGGCGUUUCCAAUUACCGAGUGGUACACGAGCGAUAUACCGUUUGGUCCACCAGAGCAACGACGAAGAAUCCGGUCAACUUGGUACGAGAAACGAAAUACUUUCAAGGAUCUCAGCAAACCUAUGCCUGCUGGAUGGACGCGCCGAGACGUUACAAUUAACUCGCCAACUUACAAGAAGCCUCGUGUCUACCCUGAAGGAUGUGACAGAUAUGUCUUCCAGCAUGAAUCGAUGGUUGAGUGGAACGGUCAACCCUUAGAGUGGUAUUACCCAUUCCCUGUGAAUAGCAUCCAAGAUUGGACGGGUCCUUCCAUGCCUGAACAAACAAGGUACCUGUUCUGCGAGACGGUAACAGCCACGCUGCACGGUUUUCGAGAAGACACGGAUAUACUGGUACGAAAUUCACGGAGCUUGGAAGCAUCUCUUUUUAACAGUUCCGGGACAAAGAUUGGGAUUUUGGAUCUCGUAAACGAGGAAUCCAGGGAUCGCUUUCCCAAGCAUGCGGAUGGAAGUGAGGCAGGGCUACCUGUUGAUGUAGUGGCGGUAUGCAAACUGAAAACUUACUCGGAGACUGAGGAUGGAGAACCAUGUGCAUUUAAGCCACUAAGCAAGGAUACGUACCUUAUACUUUGGGUUGAAUGGGAGGAUGGCAUCGCAUAUCGAGUUGCAAGUGGGGAGGUAAUAGCAGAGGAGUGGGAGAAAUUAGAUCUAAAGACGGCAUCACUUGUUCUUGGGUGA